UGCAAGAGUAUUGUGAAGACACCUCGGGAGAUUAAUAUAUUACUCUUGAGUGUCUCCAUUAAUUGGCACAAUGUCGAUAGCAUUACGAAUUCGUCAACCGUUAUGCCACCUCCAACGCCUUGGUAUCUGGCAACUCCGAGGCACUCUAUUUGAGUGUAGGCGCACCAACUCGUCCAAAUCCAAUGCCAAUGAUAUCUCCUCGAUGCUUUCCAAACCUACAUGGUCCGUACGAUCGCUUCUGCCUCAGACCGCUGAGGAUAGUACGGCCGAGAUCACCCAGAAAGAGCUCCAUCACCUGCUUCGCCUCUCCGCUUUACCGCUCCCUAAAUCUCCCGAGGAAGAGGCUGAAAUGCUCAAGACUCUGGGGUCGCAACUACACUUUGUGAAGGAGAUUCAGAGUGUCAAUACAGAUGGAGUCAGGCCAUUGAGUAGCCUACGCGAUGAAACUGCCGAGGCGGAGCUGGAACAGACCAUUGGUCUGGAUCAUCUCAAGGAAGCAUUCGCCAAGGAAGAGAUUGUCGGCCGAGGCCGACGCAUACGCCGAAAGUCUGAGGCAAAGGUGAACACGCAGGGUGCAGAAGACUGGGAUGUUUUGGGUUCUACGUCACAGAAGAUUGGAAGAUUUUUUGUUGUCGAAAGCACCAAAGAAAACAGUACAUGAACGGAGCGAUUAUUGAUUACCGUCUCGCCUACGAUCUACCUCCACAUCGCCAGAAGACUCUCGGGAAGAUCAUUAUAAUUGUUCUUCUUGAAACGGCAGCUCGGAAGGGAAAGACGAGC